CUUGUGCCAGCAAUGCUCUAUACCCCACAGCAUAUGGCGUGUGAGAGGAUAAAUCUUCUUCAUAUCUUACAGUAUGACUAUCUACUUUCUUCUUCAUUAAGGCACAAAUUGGUUAUAUAUAUCAUGUGGGGUUAUGCUAAAAUCCACAAUUUGAAUUGUGAUCCAUUUUUUGAGUUCUUUUAAAUUCUUCGGAGCAAUGGAAAACCCACUGCUGACAGGGAAAGUAGCUAGUGAAACAGGUCAAAGAGGGAGUGAGAAAUGGGGUUCUUAUGAGUAUGUGGGAAGGGAGGGUUCUGUGAUUCCCACAACUUCCUUAGCUGGAUCAGAAGUUAGCGUCGAUGAGAUUCGGUCUGCUGCUUCUAUGUCAGUUCCCUACUCUCCUUCUCUCCAUGCCCCCUUGAUCAGCUCUCCUCAAUCCCAAUCCCAGUCACAGUUUUAUGAGCAAGGGAUUGUUUAUCAGGGUGGAUACUAUGGAGAUGCAAGUGAAACUACCGGUGAUCUACGGAGGCAAGUGCUGGACGAGGUAGAAGUACGAGAGCUGCUUAUAGAUCAUGUUGGCCAUCGCUGUUGUUGGGGAAGUCGUCCAGCUCGGUCCUGGAAGAUUCAUGCAAUUGAAGACUGCAAUGUGUAUGUGGGAACUCUGGAAACUUUCACGGAAGAGAGAGAUACAGUUGUAGAGAAGGAGCUGUACACCGGUGGCAGCAUUGAAGGAAAGGACAAGAGGCCUGAAACAGGAAUAUGGGAGCUGGAUUUAAGGUCUGAGUUUCCUGUUUUAUUUGUACCUUACAAGGAAUCGAGGCUGAGAAUUCCCCAUUCAGAAACUAUUGAGAAAUGUUCAGGUUGUGAUGGUCAAGGCAAUAUAGUUUGUCCAACUUGCAAUGCAGAUCAAGAGCCGGGGUUUUACAAGGAGGGUCAAAUGGCUCAGUGUCCAACUUGCUAUGGAAGGGGUCUACUUGCUCAUAAGGAUGGAUCUGAUACAAUAUGCCUGAAUUGUAAAGGUAAUGGAAAACUUCCUUGUGUGACUUGUGAAUCUCGUGGCCUCAUCAAAUGCCAAACAUGCCAAGGUGGUGGUUUUCUUUUGACAUGGAAAGUAGCUGUUGUUAGAUGGAGGACGCGUUCAACCCGGAAAGUUAAUGCUACAAGCGGAGCAGCUUCUGUUCCAGACGACGUGUUUCACAGAGCAAAGGGAGUUCAGUUGUGCAAUAACCAAGCUUACCAGUGCACACCAGCCUACUUUGCUGAUUCAUAUUUCCUUAACAAGUUCUCUUCUGAAGUAAUUGCAGAGAGGCCUUCUAUACCUACUACUGCAAGGAUCAUAUGCGAGCGCCACACGAUAUCAGUUGUCCCGGUGACUCGUGUGACCAUGACUGAUCGUAACCGCUCCUUCAGCUUCUAUAUUAUUGGAAAUGGCAGAGAGGUUUAUAUGAAAGAUUACUAUCCUUCUAGGUUUUGUUGGGGCCUUUGCCCUUGCUUAGAAUGGUUGAAGUUAUAAUUCAAGAACUGAAUUUGUCCCAAGAGUUCCAAGGAAGAACCUGUUGGUCUUUUGCGUAGAAGAAUAUGCUACAUGUUUUGCACAGUUCCCAAAAAGAUUUUUUUAAAAAAACUUUCUUCCUAUCAAUAAUGUCAUAAUCGGAAAAUCUUAGUAGCUCGGUUGGUUGGUUGGUUGGUUGAUUUAGUACUUGAACUUUCACCUAGUUGUUGAAAGCUCGAUUCUCCACAAAAAAAAACCUGGGGCGUGUCGUCCAAAUCAUCGGUCCGGUACUAGAUAUAGACUUUUCCCCGGGCAAGAUGCCAAAUAUUUAUAACGUUGUGGUAGUUCAAGAUCGUAAUCUCCUUUCUUAUUACCCCGUGUCCCUUGUGCUGGAAGCCUCUACUAAUGAUAAUUCUCCCAAUGAGUUGUCGUGAUAAUUGUUGAGUCUCCCACAUUUGUGGGGAUGAGUCAUUUGGUUUCAUUAAGUUAGCUUUUGAGGUUGAGUUUGUGCUAGGUGCUAUAUCUAUCAAGGUAUCAGAGCCUUCAGCGAUCGGAAAUGAAUUAUUGAUCUCUUUAUAUAUGAAUUAGGACAAUCAUUCCUUUAUGAGCUGAUUUUAGAGAUCGAGUUAGAUACAAAUAUCAUAUCUUUAUAAUAAACAUUUGUUUUAAUGUUUUAUUGUAUAAUCAACAUGUUGACAACGAGCUUAUAGCAAAUACAACUAGUAAUACUUGUAAAGCCACGUUGUAGUUGUACUUCUUGGGAACUAUUCAUUGAGACAUUGGACCAA